CUUUCUAAUUCUCCAUUUUUACGCUUUCCCUUCCUUCCCUACAUCUCUUUGGUGUGUGGUACCUCAAUACCUCAUCUUUAUAAAAUCUCUCUCUCUCUAUAUGUAUAUAAUAUAUAUCCACAAACCCUUUUCACUAUUCUUUUCAAAUCCCACUUUUUUUCAUUUUUUUCUUUAUUUCUAGUUUCUUCCCAAACUUUCCCUUCUCAGGUUUCUACAGUGAUUGUUCUCCCUCCUCAAAUUUUUCUGUUCUGCACAAAUAAUAAUAAGAAAAAAAUUAUUAUUAUUAUUUUUCUUCGAUGAACGUGAAGGAGCGUCAGAGGUCAUUUAAUGGGUGAAGGGUGAAGACCUUAAUUCAUAAUAAGCUCCUUAUUAUUAUUAUUAUUAUUACUCACUCCGAAUCCCCAAAAAAUCUCACGUCAUUUCUGUUUUGUCUUCCUCCAUGUCAUAUUAGAGCUUACACGCUUCUCUUUCCUUCAAAGCGAAGUUAGAAACUAACACUUUUCGAAUUGAUAAUAAAAAAAAAUCAGAGUGGUGAUCUUGGUCGGAAAAGAUAUAUAUAUAGAUGGGGAACUGUCAGGCGGCGGAGGCAGCGACGGUGGUGAUUCAACAUCCGGGAAACAAGAUCGAGAGGAUUUACUGGUCGGUGAGUGCCAAUCAAAUCAUGGCCUCCAAUCCUGGUCAUUAUGUGGCCUUGGUGGUUACCUCUGCCACCAUGAAGUCCGAAAACGGCACGCCGUUGAAGCAGCUGAAGCUUCUACGACCCGAUGACACUCUGCUUAUUGGCCAGGUUUAUCGCCUUAUCAGUUUCGAAGACGUGUUGAAAGAGUUUGCUGCUAAAAGGUGCGUGAAACUAGGAAAAUUGCUGGAGAAAGGUGCGCUUGGCCUCGAUCCCAGGAAGAAAGAUUCGGGCGGUUCUAACCCGAAUCCGAAAUCUGAUCAUCGGAAUGAUUAUAAUCCCACGAAGAUGGAGCAUGAGGUUCAUGGCCGUCUAGGAAGCAGUGCCAGUGGCAGCGGCAGCGGCAGCAGAGGGGUGGGGAGGCAAUAUGGUGUAGGUGGAGGACAGUGGAGGCCAGCCUUGCAGAGCAUCGCAGAGGUUGGUACUUGAACCAGUACCGUACAACAAUCACAGCUACUCUGCAUCGGCUCACUCACUAGUAUUCAUCUUCAUCUUUCUUCCUUAUCUCUUUUCCUUUCCCACCAAUAAAAACAAAGUUGCAGCUACUUCCCACUUUUUCUCACUUUUUCCGAUAUCUUUUUACAUCAUUCUCGUUUUUCCCUUUCAGACACAUGUUGUCAUUUUCCACCAAAACUUAAUUAGCUAGUUUUUUCCUUUUCUUUUCUUAGUUAUUAAGUAGAAGAAUAUGUAAGUUAUUUGAACGUAUAAUAUGAAGUAUAUUACUGCCGCCGUGAGAUUAAUUAGAUUAACUCCUUUAAACCA